ACAAAUGUUUGAGUGUGUGUGUGUGCUUGCGUGUGUGUGUACGUAGUUGUUUGCGUAGAGUCAGCUCUAGUUUCUCACCAGCAUAAGGUUACCCAAUGCUGACUUUAAAAGAUUAAGCCACUCUGAACCCAAAUGUGGAACAAGCAACAGGCAGAAACAACAGCCGACAGGAGACCUCUCUCUCACGAGAGGUCACGCACCUUGGAUUCUUAUUCAUUGUGUUGACCUCAACUUUAAAAUCGAAUGCCAAAGAGCAUUUGAAAUAUUGAUCCAUUGGGUUUGUUCUGGUGAAGCUUGAAUUUGGUGGUUGUCUGAUAUCUGGAGCCACAUGACGGUCCAGGCUGGAAGGAUCGAGGUGGCGCUAGUUGACUUUGAGGGUAUGGAGAAUACUAACGGUAUGGACAAUUUCAAUGAUCCAGACUACCCCAAUGAGAUGAUGGCUUUGAGGGUAGAAAUGCCAGAGUUUGGGCCUGGCAACACCUACUGCAAUUCUGCUAAAGUGUUGCCAUAUAAAGAGAAGACCCCACAAAAUCAGGAAAAACCGCAAUCACCUAUCCUACCCCCUCACACGAGGAGAGGUCGUGCCAGCUGCGCUAGUCUGAUUUCCAACUGGAAGUUACUUGUGAACAGUGAAGGAUCACAAAGUGAGACAAUCUUCAGUAAAAUGGCCAAAGAAUACGAGGACUUGUUUAUUGAUAAGCGAACUCUUGACGAAGGUGAUCAGAAGGUCAUCAUAAACAUUGCCGGCCUUCGCUUCGAAACCCGUCUGAGGACCCUCGACCAGUUUCCAGACACCCUUCUGGGCAACCCAAUGAAAAGAAUGGGCUAUUUUGACCCCAUGAGAAACGAGUAUUUCUUUGACCGCAAUCGCCCGAGCUUUGAUGGGAUCCUGUACUACUAUCAGUCAGGGGGGAAGGUCCGCCGUCCCUCGAACGUACCUUUAGAUGUCUUUGCGGAUGAGAUUACCUUCUAUGAGUUAGGACAGGAAGCCAUGGACCAGUUCCGCGAGGAGGAAGGGUUUAUUAAAGACGUGGAGAUCUCAUUGCCAUCCAAUGAGUUUUACAGGCAGUUCUGGCUGCUCUUUGAGUAUCCCGAGAGCUCAAACGCAGCCCGAGGGGUCGCGCUCGUUUCCGUCUUCGUCAUCGUCAUCUCCAUUGUCAUAUUCUGCAUGGAGACUCUCCCAGAAUUUCGUGAGGACCUGGAGCUUUUUCCGACUGCGGGUGUUUCCUUCAACAAGACGCAUCCUUCAGGUGCUCCUCCUCCAAGUGCCUCUCCCAAAACCAUCACCAGCACCUUCUCUGACCCCUUCUUCAUUCUUGAGACUGCAUGCAUCGUCUGGUUCUUCUUCGAGUUCUGUGUGCGUUUCCUGGUUUGCCCCAGCAAGCGGGAUUUUUUUAACAACAUCAUGAACAUGAUUGACAUAGUCUCCAUUGUUCCCUAUUUCGUCACUUUGAUAACUGAGAUUGUGACCACCACCAAAAAGUCAGACACGGGGCAGAACAUGUCCCUGGCCAUCCUGCGUAUCAUUAGACUGGUGCGAGUCUUCAGGAUCUUUAAGCUUUCCAGACACUCCAAAGGGCUACAGAUCCUGGGCCAGACGCUCAAGGCCAGCAUGAGGGAACUUGGCUUGCUCAUCUUCUUCCUCUUUAUUGGAGUCAUCCUCUUCUCCAGCGCCAUCUAUUUUGCUGAGGUGGACGAUCCCAACACCCAAUUUGUUAGCAUCCCUGAUGGAUUCUGGUGGGCUGUAGUUACUAUGACCACUGUGGGAUAUGGAGACAUGUGUCCUAUUACACUAGGCGGUAAGAUUGUUGGCACUCUAUGUGCCAUUGCUGGGGUAUUGACCAUCGCCCUGCCUGUGCCUGUUAUAGUCUCCAAUUUCAACUACUUUUACCACAGAGAGAGAGACCAGGAAGAAAAGCAGCCCAUACCUGAGACAGUCGAUCAAGCUAUAAAGUCAGGGAACCUUACAAAACAUGGAAGUAGUUCUUCUCUGAACAAGACAAAUGGGAGCUGGCAGACUGAUAAAUCAAAGUUUUAAAACCCAUAUUGAAACUUCAUUUUCAUGAGUGUAAAUCUCGUAUUUCACAACAAAAUCAAGAGAUUAUAUUUUGCAUAAAGAAAAUACUCUAUUUUAUUAUCAACUGCUAGUUUUAUCAUAACAAAUAAGCACAGUAUCAUUCCAGUUCUCAGUAAUGCAUAUGGAUGUUUUACCUUAAUUAUUGUGUAACUGUUAUUAUUCUCAAUGGUGAUCAAAUUCCCAUUAAUGUAGUAUUUUAUUUAUCGUUAUUAUUUAAAGUGCCCCGAUUGUGCCAUUUUUAAAGUUCCUAAUAUUGUGCUGGGAGUCUCCUACUACAGGUUUAUAUGCAUGCAACACUUUCAUUUUCACAGAAUAUACAUUUAAUUUCACCGCAUUUAUCAACGAUUGGUAAACGAUUCAUAUGAAUCAGUUCAAAGAUUCAGUCUCUCUAAACCCCUCUUUUCCGUGAGCCUACUCUGCUCAGAUUUUGUUAUUGGUCUACCUCAUACAGUGUGUGUCAGAAACAAAAUGCCCAUUGACAUAACUGAAUAACAGCUCCAUAGAGAAUGUAUGAAGAGAAAAGAUGGUUUAGAUUCUACCUUAUAAUUCAAGCCAGAGUCCGAAGAUGAAACCUCUAGUUGAUCAAUCAGGCACUGAUUCACCAGCAGGACUGGAGCAGGAUGUUUCUCAGUGUUAAGUGUCAACUUAGUUUGUCAUAGUUAUAAGGCAUGAUUGCAGCGUCAUUGUUAUAAUUUAUUUUGGUGCACGUGUGGGAACUGUAUAAGAAUUCCAAGCGAAUGUGAAAACCUCGGCUGCCAUGAAGUAUGACAGGUAGUAUUAUGUUUCUGCAUUAGUUGAGCAUUAGAUGCCUCUUUUAUAAAGAAUUAAGUGCAUUUAGAUCAAUCAAUAGAAAAUAUAAACAUCUAUUAUUUAUCAAGCUUUAUUCAAUCUGGUACAAAUAAACCAGGAACUCGAUUGAACCAUCUUUCAAGAGCAAGUGUUUUGUGAAUCCCGCGUUGAACUCCCUGAGGUUAGAGAAGCAGUCGUCCAUCGUAGAACAUAUGUAGGCAUUAUGCAAAUGUGUUACCCUGUGACGUCUAGCCAUCAUAGAAGUGGGAUUCAAUGGAAGACAAUAUUCAAAAUGGCAUAUUAGGGGCACUUUAAAUGCUUUACAACAAUCUCUUCCAAGAUUAUUAAAUGAAUGCUCUUCAAAGGUUUUGUGAGAUUCAGAGAAUAAUGUUUCAUUUUUAGUGCUUCAGCAUUUGCUAGAACUUUUGGGUGUUUUUGGGAACAGAUUAUUAUAAACGGUACCUAACUUGAAUGAUAUGAAUGUGAUUACAGUUUCUCUGAAAUCGUACAUAAGUAACACAGUUUAAAUUUCAUGUUAGAUAUCCAUCUGUGUUGCAUAAUAAUAAUAAUUCAAAUUAGAGCAUCUCAUAAUCUCAUAAACCUACCAUACCCGGUCCACUAUGUGUGAUUAAAUAUUACAGAAUCACUCUGAAAGUUAAAUGACAACUGCACUGUUAUCAAGUGUGUUCGGGUGGCUUAAUGCUUCCACCAGCAAACUACAAUUUUGGGUAACCUGCAAAAUUACACUUUUAACAUUUGCUCUAAUACCAUUGUCUCUUUGUAUGUUUUUCUAAUAGAAUUCCAAAUUAAGUAGUGUAUUUCAUUAAUGUAUUUCAUGAAGGUUUGUUUGAGGCACUUUAGAGGAAGAAGGUCAGCCAAUGAAGAGGAGAAAUGCAUUCAGAGUUUUCCACUUACUGUCCAAAUUCAUGUCUGUGAGCUUAACAGUGCCUUUGACUGAGAUGGGUUGAACCUGUUGCAGGCAUGCUGUCAUUCAGGUUUUAUACUGUGUGAAAAUUCCUUGUAUUUAUGGUGAAUGUUGCUUGAUUUGAUUUGAAUUAAAUAUAUAUUCAUAGAUCUAACAAGA